ACGGUUACCUUAGCAACCGAUUAGGCGUCACCACUCUGGGCUGCAGAUUCAUGAGUGCGCGUUUCUUCCCGGAGACCGUCCCGUCCCGUCCUCUUAAUACACCCAUGGUCCCGUCCCGUCGAGAGGGGGACAACCGACACAAGGGGACUGGUUUCUGAAGGACAGUAAAGCAGAUGUCUCUUCCCAGCAGCCUGCUGGGUUCUGUCUGUUCUUCGUGGUGUAGCGGACCAGACGACCGUCUCUGUGCUGCUGGUGCUGGUGGUGUUGUUGUUGUUGUUGUCAGCCAGCAGCAGCCACCAUGGCUGAGGAGGACAGUGAAUGGGUGGUAGAGAGCAUCGUUGGAUACCUGGGAAGUCCCGAGUGGAUCAUUCCUGUCACGGACUUUAUGGAGAACAAAUGCACAGUUUUUGAUGACGAAGAUGAAAAUAAGUUGUCAUACACAGAGAUCCACCAGCAGUAUAAGAAGUUGGUGGAGAAUCUGUUGGGGAAUUACAUGCAGGAGGUUGGCAUCAACGAGCAUCAGUUUCUGGAUGCAUGCACCUCUCCUUUUGCCAAGUCCAAAACACUGCAGACGGUGUUCCUGCCAGUUCUGGCCACAGACGACUUCCAGAUAUUUCGCUCACUGAUGGUCCAGAAGAACAUGGAGCUGCAGCUUCAAGCCCUCAGAGUCAUUAAAGAAAGGAACGGGGCCCUGCCAGAGUGUCUGACUGAUGGCGUGGACGUGAUGACAGAGUUGCAGGAUCAAGAGAUGAAAAUCCUGCAGGAGGUUCUCAAAAAGUCAAAAGAGGAGUAUGAUGAGGAAAUGUCCAGGAGGCUGCUAUUAGAGGAGGAGAUUGGCUCCACCUCCAGCAGCUGCUCUGAUAAGCCAAUGGCAAAAAGCAGUGAAGCCCAGAAUACCAGCUCUGCUCCAAGCCAACAAAGCAACACUGCCAAGACCAAAGCGGAGGGGAAUGGUGACAGCAGCCGCAGCAAUGGUCACCACGCCCCACUAGUGAAUGGAAACACUGCCACUGAAUUUAAUCUGGUCAACGGCAAAUCUGUCACAAAAGAAGAGAGCAAGACGGCUGCUCCAGGAGGCGGAGAGAAGAAAAGAGCAGCGAAGAGCAGCUCCACGUCUAAACCCACACCAGAAUGUGGCAGUAACGGAGUGGAGUCCAGAGUCCUUCCAGCAGUGAGAGCUCCAGUGAGGUCCGGUGAACCCUCCGUCAGCCUCAGUCCUGGUACCAAGGAGCAGAGCAGCAGCAACCAAACUGCAGCCGAGGCCUGGCUGGAGGAGGCACACAGGGAGGCUGGCUUCUCUAAGCCAUAUACUGAGCUGUCAGCGUCUCAGAAGGAGCAGCUCCAGCAGAGGGCGGCAUAUCUACGUCAGCAGCGAGACAAGCUGCAUGCACUGAAGAAAGAACAGCAGAAAACCAAACAGGUGACCCCACCAGAGGAGGCACCCACCCCCGCCCCGGAGGCAGUGGGGCAGUCCCAGAGGAAUGGGGCCUGUACCCCUCCUUCUCCUCUUCCUCCUGCUCCUCUUCCUCCAGCACAACUCUCUGCUAACUCCUCCAAACAGAAGGAGAUAUCUGCUGAGGAGAGGAAGAAGCUUCAGAAGAGAAAACAUCUGGCCGACAAGCUGAAAGAGGAAGUGAUCAAGAAAUAACUUCCCAUCUAACUGCAAUAUUCUCAUUAUGUCCUAUCUGUUAACUCACACAUGGCUUCCUUUACACCGCCUCCUUCAGCCAGAUAAUUCACUCUGCGUAACACUGAUCAGGGUUUUUUUCCAAAGAAACACAAACGUCAUGAGAUCUUCCUACUUCAAAGUUCUUUUCAUUGCUGUAGUCUAACGGAGGGAGGAAGGUACAUCUCUGUUUAUAUUUUGGAUGUACCGGUAUGUGGCACAAGUAUUUUAGCAUCUGUUUGGCUGAGAAAGUUCAGAAAACACACAGACCGGUCAGGCAAUAUGCUGCCAGUGUUACUAGACUUGAGUGGAGAAGAAGAUGGCUUUUACUUUACAUCACUAGACACACCUGUGUCCAAAGCACUCGUUUACUUUAAUGUCAUUUUUUCUGUGUCCAAAUUCUAAAUGCAAAAUGUAUGGACAAUAUAGUGCCCUCAAAAAAUCCCACAUUGGAAUGAAAAAUGUGUUCACAGCAUGCACACUACUUGCUAUAAAUCUUACAAUGCAGUGCUUCACUAUUGAUAGUGUAACUGUUUAUUAUGCAACACUACGCUGGUGGGUAAUGGAUAGAGUAAGCCAUUGACUGGUGUCAAGGAGUGAUUUUGGACACAUCCCUGGGCUUGUUUCUCUUGUAGACAACACUCACAAAGGUCGUAAAUGUGGUGAAACACUAACUCAACAUUAGGCACAACUGGCCCUGGAGUCGUACCGGUGAGUUCAGGGUUAAUGCUGGCGAAAGAGUUUUAUGUCGAGGAGAAGGUGACAUUAGCUAGCACAAGUGUACAGUCUUGUCGUUAGCAUUCCCAGAGGGCAGAGGGCAGCUGGUCCAUCAUGAAGCUGAGAACGCUGUAGCAGCUCAUCCUAGUCAAAGAGCGCUGUGUAAGUCGAACACACUCAUGUGAUCACGAAGGGGCCAAGAGGACAGUGUGUCGCUUUCUACGAGGAAUGCAGUAUUUCAUGUACGCUGUUUAAUAAAUCACAUUUUAUAGAAACAA